CAAUAUUUACGCAAUUCAUACCAACAAAGCCUCUACACCAUUAUAAGCUUCAUUUAUACAUUUCACUACCAACAAACUCAUUACAGCAUAUGCUCCAUCAUCACCUCUCCUAGCUCCCACAUUCUGAACAAGGAAAAUGGCCUCACAAGACUACUCUCCCAACUCUCCCCCAACUCCAUCUUUUGCAACAAAUAAAAACAAGUUCUUCUCUGGCUUCACCAGAAGCACAUCAACCAAAGAACCCUCCUUCUCACAAUUUCCUUAUACACCGCCUCGCCAUAACACCAAUGACGUCUCUCCUUCCUUCUCCCAAACCGAAAGCCUCCACGCCUCCCCAACCUCCUCCCCUCGGUUCAUCCCUCUCAAACACCCCGACCUCCUCACCGCCUACCGUUGCAUCUCCUCCGUCCUGAAAAAGGACGGCCGGAUCUUGUCCAUCGCCGCCUCCAGUGGCCUAGUUUACUCCGGCUCAGAUACCAAUGUCAUUAGGGUUUGGAAGCUACCCGAGUUCACAGAAUGUGGGCAGCUCAAGACAAAAGCUUGCAUGGUGGUGGCACUAGAGGUGUCUCAUGAUAGGGUUUAUGCUGCUUAUGGUGAUGGGAAGGUGAGAAUAUGGCAGAGAACAUGGGAUGGAGGGUUGAAGCAUGAGAGGUUGGCUACGAUCCCGAAGAUCGGAAGUUAUGUCCGGAGUUUCUACAUUGCCGGGAAAGAUAAGACGGUUAAGCAUAUGGGUGCCAUAACAUCACUAGCCAUCAAUGUAGCAGAGGACAUCCUCUACUCAGCUUCCAUUGACAAAACAGUGAAAGUAUGGCGAAUUUCAGACCUCAAAUGCAUCGAGACAAUCCAAGCCCACGCCGAGCCAAUCAAUGCCAUCAUUGCCGCGGACGAUGGAAUCCUCUACACGGCCUCCGACGAUGCAACUGUUCGAGUCUGGCGCCGCAACUUUUGUCGUGGUGACCAGCUUCCACAUUCACUCACCGUGACUCUACCGGCCAAGUACUCCCCCGUCAAGACCCUAACCCUAACAGCGGAUGGUGCAAUCUUGUACGGGGGUUGCACUGACGGGUACAUACACUUUUGGCUCAGGGGUUGGUUCUCAGGCCAGGUGCAGUACGGCGGGGCACUCCAGGGCCACACCCAUGCAGUUAUGUGCUUGGCCAGCGUGGCGAACUACGUGGUCAGUGGGUCAGCUGACUCAACGAGUAGGAUUUGGUCUAAGGACCCUGAUGGUCUGCAUACUUGUCUAGCAGUCCUUGUGGGUCACAGAGGGCCAAUCCGGUGUGUGACAGCAUUUCUGGGAAGGCUAGGAGAAGAGACUGAAGAGGGUUGCACAAUCUGUACUGGGAGUCUUGAUGGUGUUCUCAAAGUGUGGCGUGUGACAUCCAAAAGUAAUAGUGGUAAUAGUGGGUGUUUAGCACAGGGUGGGAGUGAGUAUUUCGAGCUGUAGAAGAGUCAUGCUACUUUAAUCGGAGAGAGUUUGUGGUAGCUGACUUGUAUUUGUAGUAGCUAACUAAUUGGUUGUAGCUUUAAUUAACUAUGCUGAUUGAUGAGGUUGUGUCAUUUAAGCAGGAAUGACACAAAUUUGUGUCAGGAAAAACCAAAUUUGAAUAAAUGA